GGUCUUCCUGCACCGGCAUUUUCCCACAACGCACUGCUUCUGCUCUCACAAAUGACGAAAAUGGCGGACAACUCAUCUUCGGUCGAGAUCGUCGAGGGCUGUCGCCUACCCGUUCUUCGCAAAAACCAGGAACACGAAGACGAGUGGCCGUUGGCUGAGAUUCUAAGCGUGAAGGAAGUCUCGGCGAGAAAGUUAUACUAUGUUCACUACAUCGACUUCAACAAGCGGCUGGAUGAGUGGGUCACAGCAGACAGGUUGGACAUGAAAAAGCUUCAGUUUCCUAAGAAAGAAGCUAAAACACCAACCAAGAAUGGUCUGUCGGGCUCCCGUCCCAGUUCACCUGAGAGGGAAGUGGUGCACCCACUCUCUAGAAAUGCACCUUGCAUCACAGCUAGUGACUGUCUGAACAGAUUUAUCCCUGAUAAAGACAUGCCUGAGUCGAUUCUUGAGGGGAGUGUGAGGGCAGAUACAAGCACGGAAAUGGCUAUUCAGAAGAAACAGAGGAAAAGUCUAGAUCUCAACAUACAAUCUCCCACAGCUCCUUCCAGAGGCAAAACUCUCCCCACACCGGUACAACUUGAAUUUACCUCCUUAACCCUCCGGGACACCUUUAAUAAUUGUUACACUCUGACCCCUUCGCGCAGAAAACGCGCUUUUCAUAAGAAGAGAAAAGUAGACACUGUUCCAUUGGCGACGCAGGUUGCCCCGGCAACCCCUGUGCCAUCCCUGCCCAGCUCAACGGAGGCGUCUCAAGCAGCUGUUUUUCCUAGUGUGCGGGAGACCAACACGUUUAAGUCCCGAGAAGACCACGAGCCGCUUUCUUCACUAACAACACAGAACGGCACGGCUCGCCGCCUCAUCCCCCCCCAGCCCGGGAGGAAGAGGAAAGCCAACUGUGGGGGAGCUGACGAGAUGAUAAAGGUUUUGCAGUAUAACAAGCCUCAAAGUGCUAGUGUCUUUCUACCACCACCAGAGGAUUCCCAGGACAGUUCAGACGGAAUACCGACGGCACCGCGCAUGACCGGCAGUCUGGUGUCAGACCGCAGCCACGACGACAUCAUCACGCGCAUGAAGAAUAUCGAGUGUAUAGAACUGGGACGGCACAGACUGAAGCCCUGGUACUUCUCUCCGUACCCACAGGAGCUCACGGCGCUGCCCAUCCUCUACCUCUGUGAAUUUUGUCUCAAGUACCUAAAAAGUCUCAAGUGUCUUCAGAGGCAUUUGACCAAAUGUCAUUUGAGACAUCCUCCAGGGAAUGAGAUUUACCGCAAAGGCACCAUCUCAUUCUUUGAGAUUGACGGCAGGAAAAACAAAAAUUAUUCCCAGAACCUGUGUUUACUUGCAAAGUGUUUCCUGGACCACAAAACGUUGUAUUACGACACAGAUCCCUUCCUAUUCUAUGUCAUGACAGAGUACGACUCCAAAGGGUUCCAUAUAGUCGGCUACUUCUCUAAGGAAAAGGAGUCAACUGAAGAUUAUAAUGUUGCCUGCAUCCUGACCUUGCCUCCCUACCAGCGGAGAGGUUAUGGGAAAUUGCUAAUUGAAUUCAGUUAUGAGCUUUCCAAAGUGGAGGGGAAGACGGGGACGCCCGAGAAGCCGCUGUCAGAUCUCGGCCUCUUGUCUUAUCGUUCCUACUGGUCCCAAACCAUUCUAGAAAUUCUCAUGGACCUCAAACCUGACAAUGGAGAAAGGCCACAGAUUACUAUCAAUGAGAUCAGUGAGAUCACCAGUGUCAAGAAAGAGGACGUUAUUUCAACGCUUCAAUACCUCAACCUAAUCAACUAUUAUAAGGGUCAGUACAUCCUGACUCUCUCCGAGGAGAUCGUGGAGGGACACGAGAAGGCGAUGCAGAAGAGGCACCUGCGCAUCGAUCCCAAAUGCCUUCACUUCACUCCCAAGGACUGGAGCAAGAGAGGGAAGUGGUGAAGCCCCGGCCUCGUUUACCCGUUUAUCCUCUCCACAUCCAGACAGCACACGCGAGCAGAUGUUGGAUCAGAUAAAGGUUUUUGGUCUUUAUCUCGUUCCCAGGGCUCCUCUUCAGAUAAACAGUGAACACUGAGUUGCUUCAGAUGCAUAAGCUUUUAUUGAGAACACUCAUUAUGUCAUGUGAAUUGAUAAAGUUGUCAAACUUGGGGGAGUUCCCAACAGUAACAGCCAAAAAAUAUCACACACUCUACUGUGUAAAAGAUGGUAUGACCAAAACGGUGCAUUAAAAGUGACAUUCUGUUCAGUGGUGUAAUUAAAAACCUAAAACUGGAAACCAAGAAGCCUCUUAGCAGGAUUUCUGUGGUUUACAGCUAAAGGUUUCUAAACUUUCCAGUAAGUUUUUUUUUUUUUUUUUUUUUUUUUUUGGUCAGUCUGUUUUUGUGUCAUUGCUUUUGACAACAAAAAUUAAGAAAAAAUCUGUCUGCAUCUGUUACAUUUUCCAGGUGAGAGAUUUGACUUGAUUGGCUAACUUAACUCUGACUAAAUCCACCCUGAGAUUUUCAUCUUAAGUCCUAGUAAACGACAACUCAUGAUGGAAAUGUGACGCAUCCACAGCUCGUAUUGACCAACGAACACGGGCUGCACUUCAGAAUGAAGUCAUGUGGUUUACAUGCCGAUCUUUGUAUGAAUUGUAAAGCUUCAAAGCCUCUUUCAGAAAAAAGUGGUUGAAUUGUUUUCAAUAAGAGAUACGUUUUCAGAUGGGACGGACUUUCCUGCUUUUUCAAAUAGUCAAAACAAUAAAAAUCCAGUUAUCCUUUUCUAGUGCCUAAAUGUUAAGAACAGGUUUGGUCCAGUAGUUUCUUAUUGUUGAUGCUGCUUUUAGCAUCAGCUUAUUGAUAUAUGGCUUACCUGUAAUCUUUACUUGGGAGGGGGAAAAAAGCCAAACAUCAAAACUUACAUGCAAACAGUUGUUUAACAAGGAACAUGAACAAUGAAGUAUUUCCCCUACAUCGUCCUGCUUUGACUCUAUUUUUGAAAUGGCUAAAGCGCUUUAUCGCUCAUCAUUUUACCUCAUAACCAGUGACGAGAAUCCUUCACCCCGAGUCGAACCCGCGUUCCCUUUGACUGUACAUACUGAAGAUAGAAGCCAUGCUGAACUGUUAGAGGAAUGUAAAUAUAGUGUAUAGAAAAAAACCUUUUUUUUAAGCACACUGUUGUUUAACAGGCUGCACAAAAACCAACAAACACCUAAAAGUGGUAUCUGACCUUCUGUUUGUGUUUUUAUGUUUACAUGUAAAGAAAAUGGUGAAUUGCCCUGUUGAAAUAACUUGGUAUAUGUUAUGUGAAACACACUUGACUGUCAUUUGAACGUUUGAUAUGAAAAGCUUGUUGAAUUUAUAAAAAAAGAAGAAUUACAUUCAAAA